AUGGGAGCGGCAACAUCUGGAUUACAGUCGCAAAUGCAGCGAGAACAUGAUCCAAAUGCUGCUUUCCCGUGGUGGGUGCGUUUCCUGGCCAAGGGAUUGGGUGUACUUGGUGGAUUUGUAGCUAUUUUCUUCGCUGUACUUGGCUUACUUUCAUUAUCCGCAACCUGCAUCAUUGCUGUUUUACUACAGUUAGCGUUUGGUAUACUAACGGUGGCAUUAGAAGCUCCGUUUUGUUGCAUGUUUAUCGAUUUCAUUGAAAAAAUUGCCAUGUUUUCGGAAUCACGAAAGUAUUGGCAGAAAGCAACUCUUUAUUGCGUCAUGGGUGUGCUACCAAUAUUGUUGUGCACUGAGCUGAAUACAGUACUUGGUAGUGGAAUGAUCUUCGCAUCGGGCACAGUUUAUGGUUUCUUGGCACUUGGCAAAAAAGCGGACUUAUCAUCGAUGGGCGGUACUACGGAUCCAGCGUGGAAUGCUAACGUCAACCAACAACAGACGCCGGCAUCCUUUGGAAAUCCAUCUGUAGCCUGA